AUGAGCCACCAGGCCGGCGGCGACGAGAUGGCCCUCCGCCGCCGCCACCCGUCGACGGCCGCGCCGCUGGAAGACGAGGACCUCCUCGGGGAGAUCCUCCUCCGCGUCCUCCCCCCGAUGCCCUCCUCGCUCCCCCGCGCCUCCCUCGUCUCCAAGCUAUGGGGAGGCGUCGCCGCCGCCCCCUCCUUCCGCCGCCGCUUCGUCGCCCACCACCGGAGACCCCCGGUCCUCGGCUUCUUCGAGAAGCGCGACGGGAAGCUGGUCUUCACACCCAUCCUCGACCCCCCCGACCGCAUCCCUCGCGCGCGCUUCUCCCUGCGGCCCGGCGGCGACGGCGACGAUUUUUGUGGCCCGUUCAAUUCCUGGGUUCUGCUCGGGUGCCGCCACGGCUGGGUCCUUAUCGUCAUCCGGUUUCGGCCUAUGCUCCUCGUGUUUCAUCCUGUCUCCGGUGACUGCCGCAGCGUGGACAUUCCGUCAGAUUUCUUACAGUGCGUGCGCGACUUCAGCGGAGCCGUGCUCUGCGCUGCGGGCGACGACCAGGGCCACGUGCACGGAGACUGCCACUCGUGCCCCUUCAAGGUUGUCUUGGUAGGCACCAGACAGAAACAAGAUCUAACCGUCGCCUGGGUUUACUCCUCAGAGACCGGCAUGUGGGGAGAUCAAGUUUCGACGACGCAACCAUGUGCCGGUUUGGUCUACCAUCUCCCCGAUAUGGUUAACCGUCUCCCCUGCACGCUUGUGGGCAAUGUCCUCUACUGGUUGUUGCAUGGGUCGGACAAUGGCAUACUCGAGUUUGAUUUGGAUAGCCAGAGACUAGCUGUGAUAGAGAGGCCUUCAAGUGCGGGCAUCAACCGCGGCAACAGUCGGAUAAUCAGGUUAGAGGAUGGCAAUGUUGGCCUCGCUGUAUUUUUGUAUCCGAGCUUCAAUAUGUGGAAACGCAAGGUCAGUAGUCAGGGUGUUGCUUCAUGGGUGCGGCACAAGAUUAUUGACAUUCACAAGAUCAUUGGUCUGCCACGUCGGAUUAAGACAGGGAAGGGAGCUAUAGUGGGGUACUCCGAGGAUGCUAACGCGGUUUUUAUAUCGGUGUCUGGCUAUUUACAAUACUAUGCCUUCAUUGUUCAACUUGAGUCCAUGCAGUCCAGGAAACUUAAUCAAAUAUUACUCGAGAAUUCCUACCAUCUGUUCGCAGAUUUCUAUACUGCAGGUACAGUUCCAGCCGUUCAGCCAACACAGCAGCAAAGUACUGUUCCAGCAAUUGAGCCACCACAGCUGUAUGGUGGUCGCAUGAUUCAGUUGAUCAGUAGGAUUUUCGUCUGCACCAGGGUUGCUGUUGAAUCCUUAGUUGUAACAGGUUCUCCGAGCAUUUUAGAUCCUGUGGGUUCAUGA